AUGGCAAACCAACUGCUUAAACCCUUAACCAACUCUCCUAAACCGGUUCUGACCAAAGAAGAAGAUUCUCAAGAAAUGGUUGCCUUGCAAGCCCAGAGGAUGGUGUACUCCUUGACAUUCCCAAUGGUUUUCAAAGCUGCCUUGGAGCUAGGAGUCAUCGACACGAUCACUUCCUUUGAGGACGGCAUGUGGCUCUCGCCUUCCGAGAUAGUGUCUCGUCUCCCUACCAAACCCACCAACCCGGAGGCUCCAAUGCUACUGGACCGGAUGUUGCGCUUACUCGCUAGCCACUCGCUCUUGAAAUGUCGUGUGGUUGAAACCGGAAAGACCGAAAGGGUUUACGCAGCCGAACCGGUUUGCAAGUUGUUCUUGAAAGAUAGAGAUGGCUCGGGUUCUCUCUUGUCUUUCUUCAUGUUGUGCCAGAAUCAUGUCAUAUUCAAGGCUUUGUACGUUAUACAAGUAGUUAUUACGUUAAAUCCUUUUACAUUAUUCGUAACUAAUAUUUUCUUACACAGGUCACAUCUCAAGGAUGUGAUAUUAGAAGGAAAAGAUGCAUUUGUUUCUGCCCAUGGCAUGAGAGCCUUUGAAUACUUGGGUUCGGAUGAACAAUUCGCAGACAUGUUUAAUCUAGCAAUGUCGGAAUCUUCAACCCUGGUCAUGAAAAAGAUUCUAGAAGUUUACAAAGGAUUCGAAGAUGUUACUACUUUGGUGGAUGUUGGUGGAGGAGUUGGAACAGUACUAGGUUUGGUGACUUCCAUGUAUCCUCAUAUUAAAGGCAUCAACUUCGAUUUAGCAUCGGUUGUAGCCAAUGCCACUCCUUAUCCAGGAGUGCAAAAUGUGGCUGGAGACAUGCUUGUUGAAGUUCCAAAGGGAGAUGCUAUUUUCAUGAAGUGGGUGUUACAUGCUUGGGACGACGAGAACUGUAUCAAAAUCCUCAAAAACUGUUGGUCGAGUCUUCCAGAGAAAGGAAAAGUGAUAGUCGUAGAAAUGGUUAUGCCAAAAGAACCAAAGAGUGAUGACUAUUCUUCAAACAUUGGACUCACUGUGGACAUGUUCAUGUUAUCACUACGUGGGAGUGGUGGAGAAAGGACUCUUUCUCAAUUCGAGGCUUUAGCUUACGCUUCAGGCUUUCGUCGUUGUGAGUUCAUUUGCCGUUCCUUUUCGUUCUCUCUUUUUGAGUUUCACAAAUAG